GUUUAUGAACAGGUUUUGAAGAAAGAACACGACAGGCAAUUGUUUAUGAACAGAUUACAGACUGAAGAAGGAAUAGCGAACAAGUAAAGACAAAGAAACUUAUAAUCAAUGGCUACAGCAUUUGCUACAAAUAGCUCCAACUUCAUACAGAGAAAGAAUAAGGGAUUUUCUGGUCAAUCCCUAAGACAAAAACACAAUGCAGAAUUUACAGGAUUUGAAAACAUGGAGAUAAGUCCAGACAAGAUUCAAGAAAAUCUUGACAGUGAAAAAAUGGUUCCUGCCUCUCAGAUGGAGAGAAGAGUGUUGAGAGAAACCCAGAAUAUUCAAGGGAAUCCCAACGUAGAUCAUGUUACAAAGGUCAAGAAAGAGAAGUCCAAGGAGAAAAGCUUUUACAAUGUAGCCAAAAAUAAACUGACCCAGCAGAUAAUGGGUAAAAAGACAAAAAGCAAAUCCAAGAAAUCUACCUUGUUCAAUGUAUUGAACCCAGAACCAUCUGCAAUCUUGGAUGAUGAUUUGUUGUGUAUGGACAUUGAUAUGUUGGACCCUUCAACAAAGAUCAGAGAGAUGUUUAUCAAACGACCAGACGAUGUUGUUGACAUCUAUGCACAUUUAAAUGACCAGUUUAAUUGCCCUGAAUAUGCUCAAGAAGUUUACUGUUACUUACAGUCUGUGGAAAGACGUUUAACAUUUUCUGAUGACUACCUUGCAUCAGAUCCAGAAGUUACUCCACAGAUGAGAGCAAUACUAACAGACUGGCUCAUACAAGUACAGGUCCAUGAAGAACUGUGUCAACAGACAAUACAUUUGACAGUGGCCCUGAUUGAUAGAUUUCUUGUCUUGAAGGGUGUCAAACUGCAAUUACUUCAACUUCUCGGAAUCACAUGUUUGUUUAUUGCGGCAAAAUAUGUGGAAAGGUUUCCACCAGAGGUGGCUACACUCUGCCAUCUUACUGAUAAUAGUUUUCAGCCAGCACAAGUACUGAAGCUAGAGAUUCAUGUACUGAAAGCUUUGAACUUUGAUCUCAACAUAACAGACCCAACAGUUUUCUUGGAUCGCUUCCUAGAAAUAGAAACAAAUCAAAAUAAGGAGAUUGCCCAUAUGUCUCAGUACCUACUUGAUUUGUCCCUGACUGAAGCCAGAUUUACAGUUUACCAGUCAUCCAUUAUGGCUGCCAGUGCUAUGUACCUGUCCAGAAAACUUACUGACAUUGAUGAUCCAUGGAACCCAACUCUGGCUUACUACAGUAGAUACUCCGAAAAGGAUCUAGCAGCAUGUACUAAAGCUUACUCUAAAUCAUUGCUUAAACUUCCAACUAGUAAAUUCCAGGGAGCCAAAAACAAAUAUAACAGUAUGACCAACUUUGAUAGUAUCAGCAACCAUCCUGCUCUCCAAAAUAAAGACCUCCUGAAAGAGAUUGCAGGGGAGGAAACUCUGAUUAUGUAAAAUUCAUAUGAAUCCAAGACUUGGACUACUAUUUUAAUUAUCAUGUCUGUGAUUUAAAAACUACUAUGUAGAAAUAUUAAUGUGCUAUUUAUUUGUGUUUUACAUUAAAAAAAAACUGAUUUAUGGUGCUAUAAUAAUUGCUUACUUUUUAAGCUGCUUAUUAGCAAGUGUUUUAAGCUGCUUAUUAGCAAGUGAGAGUUGUGUGUGGAUGUUUGAUGAGAGUGGAUAAAGAGAAAAAUGUGUGAAAAAAAACCAAAAAAAAUGCAAAAGUGAGAAUUGUGCUACAAAAAUUGCAAGAAAGAAAAAAAUGGAAAAAAAAUAGCACAAUUUGAAAUGAACUUGAAAAAAUAGGUGCUGGUUUGACUGUUUUUUCAUGUAUUAUAUUUAUAAUUGCCUUGAUCAGUUUAUACUUGUUCACACUUUAUUUAUACUUUUCUUUAUAUAUUAUACAUGAUUAUACAUAUGGUUAUACAUUUGUCAUAUUAUAUACAUAAAUGAGCCCUUUUGCUCAAAUUUUAUGAGCGUUAAAGCUCCAUUAUUUUUGCAUGGUGUUGGUUUAGUUUUUCUGUUCAUAAAUUUGAUUUUAACUUUUAAAGUAAUGACAUGACAUUGUAACAGAAACUAAUGACAUUGACAGUGUAAUAGAAAUUAAUGACAAUGACAUUGUAACAGAUAUGAAUGACAUUGUCUAGUAACAGAACUAAAUGAAAUUGACAUUAUAAUAAAAAGACUUAGACAGACAAGACUGAUGGACAAAUAUACAAUUGUUAUCUUGUUCUGUUGAAUUUAUUUUUUUGAAAUAUUUAUUACAAUUGUAAAUAUCAUUUAUAUUGAAGCAUGAAUGUCCAGGAUGAAAGUUUAUUUUAUAUUUUAUUGUUAGACAUUUUGUGAAUAAAAUGUACUUGGUCUUA